GGGGGCGGGGCCGGCCUCUGGCUCGUUCUUCCUCCGCAUGUGGCUGGCGGCCGCAGAGCGCUUCAGUUCGCGCACUCUUCGCCGCCCGCGCCUCCUUUGGGCUCUCGCGUCACCGGAGCCAUGGCGUUCGCCGAGACCCACCCGGCGGCAUCCUCCCUGCCCAACGGCAAUUGCGGCCGCCCCGGGGCGCGGCCCGGGGGGAACCGGGUGACAGUGGUGCUGGGCGCGCAGUGGGGCGACGAAGGCAAAGGCAAGGUGGUGGAUCUCCUGGCGCAGGACGCCGACAUCGUGUGUCGCUGCCAGGGAGGAAAUAAUGCCGGCCACACAGUUGUUGUAGAUUCUGUGGAAUAUGAUUUUCAUCUUUUACCCAGUGGAAUAAUUAAUCCAAAUGUUACCGCAUUCAUUGGAAAUGGUGUGGUAAUUCAUCUACCCGGAUUAUUUGAGGAAGCAGAGAAAAAUGUCCAAAAAGGAAAAGGUCUGGAAGGCUGGGAAAAAAGGCUUAUCAUAUCUGACAGAGCUCAUAUUGUGUUCGACUUUCAUCAAGCUGCCGACGGCAUCCAGGAGCAGCAGAGGCAGGAACAAGCAGGAAAGAACUUGGGGACCACAAAGAAGGGCAUUGGCCCAGUUUAUUCUUCCAAAGCUGCUCGGAGUGGACUGCGAAUGUGCGAUCUUGUUUCUGACUUCGAGGGCUUCUCUGAGAGGUUCAAAGUUCUGGCUAACCAGUACAAAUCUAUAUACCCCACUUUGGAAAUCGACAUUGAAGGGGAAUUACAAAAACUCAAGGGUUAUAUGGAAAGAAUUAAGCCAAUGGUGAGAGAUGGAGUGUAUUUCCUCUACGAAGCGCUCCAUGGACCACCAAAGAAAAUCUUGGUAGAAGGUGCUAAUGCAGCCCUACUAGAUAUUGAUUUUGGAACUUAUCCUUUCGUGACGUCUUCAAACUGUACGGUUGGAGGGGUCUGUACCGGGCUGGGGAUGCCCCCUCAAAAUGUUGGAGAAGUGUACGGGGUCGUGAAAGCCUACACGACUCGGGUUGGCAUUGGUGCUUUCCCUACAGAGCAGGACAACGAAAUUGGAGAAUUACUACAAACAAGAGGUCGGGAGUUUGGGGUAACCACUGGAAGGAAAAGAAGGUGUGGCUGGCUGGACCUCGUUUUGCUCAAAUAUGCUCAUAUGAUUAAUGGAUUUACGGCGUUGGCACUUACCAAACUGGAUAUUUUGGACAUGUUUACGGAAAUCAAAGUCGGAGUUGCUUACAAGCUAGAUGGUGAAAUCAUACCUCAUUUCCCAGCAAACCAAGAAGUCUUAAAUAAAGUCGAAGUUCAAUACAAGACUCUCCCAGGUUGGAACACAGACAUAUCAAAUGCAAGGACAUUUAAAGAACUACCUGUUAAUGCACAAAAUUACGUUCGAUUUAUUGAAGACGAGCUUCAAAUUCCAGUUAAAUGGAUCGGUGUAGGCAAAUCCAGAGAAUCUAUGAUUCAACUCUUUUAAGGAUCUCCAGGGACACAAGAAACAAACACUCCUUCAAAGGGAGGUGGGGAGAGGACUUUCUUAACUAUUUCAUUUCUGAUCUGCAAAUUUCAAGAGUAAAGACAUUGGAGUGAUUUUCAAGAAUAAAGACAUUGGAGUGAGUUUCAAGCCCUACAGCUGUUUCCAGUCAUUUAAGGCGGCUGGCUGGUGUGGAGAGAAACUUGGGUGUGGUCCAGCGUCCGCUGCCUUCACUGGCAGAAUCACCAAGUCACGUUUUCCUCCUCGUGGUGCCACGUUUUCCUUCAGAGUUUAGUCCUAGUAUGAUCCACGUCGUUCGAAAUCUAAGAGAAUUCCUUCCAGUGUAGUUUCUCUUCAUUAUUGUCAUUGUGCGUUGUUAGGUUUUACCUCUAUUAAAUGGUAAGAACAAUUAAUGCAGUUUUGCACAAAUAAUUCUACAUUCUAGUCAUCCACUUUGUCGUUGUAAUCUUUGCUGUCAGAAAACAAUGAUGGAAAGAAGGGUUCUUCUGUAAACGUUCGUAAUGCUAUAAACUGUUUAACUUGUAAACUGUUCAGUUUCCGCUGAGACCAUUGCAAAGUCGAGCUUUGGCAGGGGGGAGGGGGCUAUAUUCGUGUGUCCUUUAAUUUGUACAGAACACAAAACUUAUUUCUCUCUGUAAAUUAUUUCAUACAUUGGACAUUUAAUUAUGUUUGGAGAAAGGCAUUCCUUAAGACAACAAUCUUAAUGUUAAAAAAAUUAGUCAUUAAAAGAUCGUUGUGCUAAUUGGUGGAUACUUUUCUUUAAUUUCAGGCAUUAACUCUGAAAUGUAUAGCUAUCGCCUUUUAUCUUCCCAUUAUUUAUAAAUCUAGUGGAUUGAUUUUUCAACAUUGUGCCUGCUGAUUUGCCUACAAAAUCAACUAUAAGUGUCCAAAUGAAUUCAAAUUGUUGCUCAUAAUUUUGGCCAUGCCUUUAUUUUUCUUUUUUGGGAGAAAAAGAGGUGUUGUUUUGACAGUUAGGCUUCACAUAGUGUGUUGUAGAUUAUCCUUUGAUGAACUAUUUUAAAUGUUUAAAUUAGGUGCCACUUAAAUUUAUUUUACUAUACCAUCAAUAGCUGAUUAAAAUGAACCAAAUGUUUCUAGUA